CCUCCACGCAUAAAUCUCAACACGCACCAUCCCAUCCGCGUCCAAACAAUUCCUCGAGAGAGCACUCCAACAAGCAACGCCGAACAGAAUGGACGCCUCCAUGGCGAAGCAGCUCAGGCGGGUCCGCACGCUGGGCCGCGGCGCGUCGGGCGCCGUCGUGUGGCUGGCCUCCGACGAGGCCUCGGGCGAGCUGCUGGCGGUCAAGUCGGCGGGCGCCGGCGGGGCGGCGCAGCUGCGGCGCGAGGGGCGAGUGCUGGAGGGCCUCUGCUCGCCGCACAUCGUGCCCUGCCUCGGCACCCGCGCCGCGGCGGGCGGCGAGUACCAGCUCAUCCUCGAGUUCGCGCCGGGCGGGUCGCUGGCCGACGAGGCGGCCAGGAGCGGGGGACGCCUCGCGGAGCGCGCCAUCCGGGCGUACGCCGGGGACAUGGCGCGCGGGCUGGCGUACCUCCAUGGGCGGUCCCUGGUGCACGGGGACGUCAAGGCGAGGAACGUGGUGAUCGGCGGCGACGGCCGCGCCAGGCUCACGGACUUCGGGUGCGCGAGGCCCGUCGAAUCGUCGCGGCCGAUCGGCGGCACGCCGGCGUUCAUGGCGCCCGAGGUGGCGCGUGGGGAGGAGCAGGGCCCUGCUGCCGACGUCUGGGCGCUCGGGUGCACGGUCAUCGAGAUGGCCACCGGGCGCGCGCCAUGGACCGACAUGGAUGACGUCCUCGCCGCCGUUCACCGGAUCGGAUACACGGACGCCGUGCCGGAGGUGCCGGCGUGGCUGUCCGCGGAGGCGAAGGACUUCUUGGCCUGUUGCUUCGCAAGAAACGCAGGAAACCGAUGCACGGCGGCGCAGCUCGUGGCGCACCCGUUCGUCGCCUCCGCCGCCGUCCGCGACUGCAACGCGCAGCCGGCGAAGCCGGAGUGCCCGUCCCCCAAGAGCACGCUGCACGACGCGUUCUGGGACUCGGACACCGAAGACGAGGCCGACGAGAUGUCAACUAGCGCGGCCGAGAGGAUCGGCGCAUUGGCGUGCGCCGCCUCGGCCCUGCCCGACUGGGACUCCGACGAAGGCUGGAUCGACCUUCAGGACGACCGCGCCGAAGCUUUUGAUGCGCCGCCAGCGACGUCUGAGGCGGCCGCCUCUGACUACUUCGUCUGGGCCGCACCAUCAGAUGCAGAGUUCGAGCACUUCGCCGUCGCCGCAUACGUCAGCGACCAUCUCCCGCGCAUCGUAGGAGUAACUGAUGCAACCAUUAGCCGGGGCAGUUUCCGUGAACGUAAAAUUCAGCAUUUGUUUGUUCGUGACGGGACUGAAACACUGGAGUCCCACCGUGUCUGUACAGAAGCAGAGAUAAAAAUGAAACGAAUUUUGCUCAAAUUUCCCUCUUUGCGAUCCCCCGGUUGGCACACCUGAUACGCUUCACGUGCGUAUACCUCACGUUGCGAUCACUGGGCAUCACGAAAUCGAAUUGGUUGUAUCAUUUCCAACCGAUCAGGAUCGAACUCGUUCACGAACGGCAACUCGUUCCCUUUCUAGUAAAGUAGGCAGAUUUGUUCGCCGAGUGACCUCCACGUACGGGAUGCUGGAAGAGGGUCGAUUGCGUGUUUGUAUUAUGCAUCAGCGUGGCGUCACGUUUGCAUAUGCUCCAUUGCCCCAGUUCCAUAUCUCUUGAUCAAUAGGAUGUCAACGCGAGGAAGCUCUUUUUUUUUGG